AUGUUUGCAAGAAUUUUUCUCAUUUCUAUUGUACAAUUAUAUAUUUUUCGAACAUCCUUUUGUCUUUAUUAUGGACAUGAAGUUGGUCAUACAUCGAUGGAGUCAACACAUUAUGAUCGUCGAAUUCUACAACAGCAAUGUCCAAUAAAUAAUCAAUUAAAAGAAUCACAUCAAACUACCUAUUUAGCUAACUUUAAAUCUUUUCCAUUGACAUCAACAAUCAACAAUGGAAGUGGUUUAAUAUCAUCUCGUAAACAAUUUAUCGUUAGUUAUGAAGAAGAUACACUUGUAACAAGAGCUUCUUCGGAUACGAUUGAUGUUAAUAAUAGAUCACCGUUGAGUAUGGAUCAAGCUGCACUUGAUAUUAUUGUUGACAAACAAAUUAUCGGUAAUCUAUCGGUAUACGUUCAAGUACUUGAAUGUACCAAUUGUCCCUAUAAAAUAGUCACCGAAGAUUUGUCAUCAAAUAAAAUAUUUAAUUUAACAAUCAAUACAAAAUACAAUUAUCGUAUUCGUAUAGAAUUACAUAAUACAUCAUUUUGUGUCCAAACUCUAGCUCUAUAUGAAUAUGGUCAAUCUGUUCUCAAUGUACAAAUGUCGUCAACAACAACAAAUUCAAGUUCAACUUCGGAUAUUAAAUGUACAUUAACUGCGCGACGUUCGGGAAAUCACAUUUAUGUACCAUUAAUUGUUGGUGGCAUUAUAUUAUUAAUAUUAUUCAUAGUUUGUUUAUUUGCUCAACGAAUGAAACUUCGCGAACGUUUAAUAAAUCUUCAAAACCGUUGUCUGAAACGUAUACCACAACAAGAAUCCACACUUUCCUAUGAUUUGCAAACACGUACAACGCCAACAGCAACAGCAACAACAGCGACUGAUACAAUUAUUGCAACAGAUGCAAAUCUAGCUAUAACUAAAAUACCGCCAAUACAUAAAAUAUCUAACGUUGUUGUACCUCGAUCAAAACGUCUGUUGAGUCUUGAUGCAUUUCGUGGUUUUGCUAUGAUAGCAAUGAUAUUUGUUAAUUAUGGUGGCGGUGGAUAUGCUCAAUUUGAACAUGUACCCUGGCAUGGAAUAACAUUUGCCGAUAUCGUAUUUCCAUUCUUUGUUUGGAUGUUAGGAACAUCAUUAGUAUUUUCAUUAAAAAAUUCCAUUGAUAAAAGUGUUCCAAAACGAACACUACUGAAAAAAAUAGCCAUACGUACAAUCAAAUUAUUUUUAAUUGGUUUCAUACUUAAUACACGUUUUAAAGUUGAUCUUGCCAUAGUACGUAUUCUUGGUGUUUUACAACGAUUUGCUAUUGUCUAUGGUGUUAUUGCAACAAUUGAAGUACUUUGUUCACGGCCAGAACAAUACAUAAUACCAACUAGAGAGCAACCAUCAAUGUCAACAGUUGCAGUUAAAUCAGGAAGAUUACAACGUAUACUUACACUUUUCUGUGAUAUAACAAAUUUUCCUGUUCAAUGGUUAAUUAAUAUAGCUCUAGCUGCUAUUUGGGUGCUUGUUGUUUACUUAGUACCCUAUGAAAAUUGUCCAGCUGGAUAUUUAGGGCCUGGUGGAUUAGACGAAAAUGGUAAAUAUGAAAAUUGUACAGGUGGAAUAACAGGCUAUAUCGAUCGGGUUAUUUUUACGGAUAAACAUCUUUAUCAAUAUCCCACAUGUCAAGCUGUUUAUGGAUGUAACAUAGCGUUUGAUCCUGAGAAUUUAUUUGGUGCUAUGCCAACAAUAUUUCUAGCUUAUCUAGGCGUUCAAGCUGGACGAAUUUUAGUUAUGUAUCAAAAUCAUGCUGAUCGUCUUGCACGUCUUUUUACAUGGAGUAUCUUAAGUACAAUAAUUGGUGUUGGUUUAACGGCAGGUACACUCGAUAGUGGACCAAUGCCGUUGAAUAAAAAUAUUUGGACAUUAUCAUUUUCAUUUUUUACUGCUGGUUUGGCAUUUGCUGGAUUUGCUUUGAUGUAUGUGUUUAUUGAUCUUCUUAACUGGUGGAAUGCAACACCGUUUCAAUAUCCUGGAGCAAACUCAAUACUUAUCUAUGUAACACAUCUUGUUUUUGCAACUUAUUUUCCUGUACAAUGGGUUGUAGUUAAUACACAUGCAGCACAUCUUGCUAUGGCUUUAUGGGGAUGCAUUUUCUGGAUUAUUAUUGCAUAUAUUUUGUUUAAAAAACGAAUCUUUUUGGUGCUUUAA